AUGAUAUUAACAAGCAUUCAGAGUUGCUUAGACUGGUUGUCUUUGGACGUUCCGAGCGAUUUGACUGUGGAAACUGGAGGAGCUCGUUUUGCACUUCACAAGGCUCCCCUGGUAUCAAAAUGUGGUCGAAUACGCAGAAUGUUAGCAGUGGAAUCAACAGACACAGACAGAGUGGAAGCGUAUCUGAAUCUUCCGGAAUUGCCAGGAGGAGCAGAAGCUUUCGAGUUAGUGGCAAAGUACUGCUACGGACUCGAUCUUGGGAUCUCAACCUACAAUGUUGCAGCCAUAAGAUGCGCAGCAGAAUAUCUAGAAAUGGAACAAGAACCCAAUAUCCAUGGCCUAGACUCACUCGCACAAUCCUACUUCAAUAACAUCGUUCUCCCCAACCUUGCAAACACCAUAGCAGUUCUCCGCAGCUGCAAUAACCUGCUCCCACUCGCUGACGACCUUCAAAUUGUGAACAUAUGCAUUAAAAACAUCGUCUCCGUGGCAUGCAACGAGCUCAUGGUGUGUAGAAACGGAUGGGAUUCAGAGGACCAGAAAGGCUUGGAAGAAUCGUGGGUUAAAAAACUGACAGAACUGCAUAUAGAUUUCUUUGAAAGAAUAAUGAGCGCCAUGAAAGCCAGAGGAGUUAAGCAGGAAAUCAUAAGUGGGGCUCUCAUGAAUUACGCUCACAAUUCACUGGAUGGUCUCAGCCAGAAGCAGCGAGAGCAGCGAUCUGUGGUGGAAGGAAUUGCGGCUCUUCUUCCGCCGGGUAAAAAUGCGGCCCCAACCAGUUUUCUAUCCGGUCUGCUCAGAACGGCCAUUACAGUGGACGCUUCGCCUCAGUGUAGAAUGGAGCUGGAGUCGAGACUCGCCAUGAGUCUCGAUCGUGCGACCUCUCAUGAUCUUCUGGUUGUUUCUUUUUCGCACAGCUCUGACACUCUGUUUGAUGUGGAGGUUGUGCAGCGGGUUGUUACCAAUUUCUUGGCAUUCGCUUUGACAGACUCUGCGGGUGAUGAAUAUGAGGAAGAUGAACAAGGGGCGGUGGAGUUUGCCAGUCAGAUCAGUGGGAACGCCAUGGAAAAGGUUUCGACGCUCAUGGAUAGCUAUUUGGCGGAGAUUGCACCGGACAAGAACUUGAACAUCUCGAAGUUUAUACUUUUAGCGGAGGCUGUUGGGGAGAAAGGGCGCUUGGUUGAUGACGGGCUCUAUAGGGCCAUUGAUAUUUGCCUCAAGGCUCAUCCAGCUGCAACGGACGGGGAGCGCAACAAGCUAUGCAAGCUGAUGGACUGUCAAAAGCUGUCGGCGGAAGCAUGCAUGCACGCCGCCAAAAACCAUCGCCUUCCUCUUCACGUCGUCGUGCAAGUUCUCUACUUCGAGCAGCUCAGACUUCGCCAUGAAAUCAAGAGCGGAAGCACAAACGAUUUAGAGUUCGGGGACAAAUGCCCUUCGCAGGUGAUGAACAAGCGCUUUCUGAGUGCAUUAAGUUCGUCCAGGGAUGGGUAUGAAUCAGUUCGAAUGGAGAACAGAGACCUCAGAUUUGAAUUCUGUCGGAUGAGAAUGAGAAUGACAGAUUUGGAGAAACAGUGCGUGCGCAUGAAUCAGAUUAUGGAGGGAUGGCGUCCACAAGUGGUAGAGGGCUAUGGGUACGAAGAAAUUUCAAAAGCUCGUACCAGGCCAAUGGCAGAGUAUGGAACAGUGUCAGACAGGGAUUUCAUGGUGGAUACAGAUAUGGUCAGAAAAGUACUCGAGAUAAAAAAUUCCCAAAUACGUGGACAAGCAUACGCCAUUCAAGACCCUUUCAUUCUGAACGGCAUAAGACUUGCCCAAGAAAAAGAAUCAAUAAGGAAAAGCAGGAAUUUUUUUCAUAUAUUCGAUGAUUUCAGGCGCUUUCAGAACACUCGAAAACCAGAAAAUGAUGCAGGGUUUUCGAAUAAAUUUUAUGAGGACACUGAGGUGGAUUUCAAAUCCAAACCAGAUUUCAAAUCCAAACGCGGCCACAAAGCUGAGAGAAAUGAUUAG